UAUUCGUCGCUGGCUCUGAAAACAACACGCGGAAUUGCUUAAAGAAACGAGUUGAAUACAGCAAACUGAAAACAGACAGAGAACUUGCUGAGCAGGCGGCAAUAAUCAUUUGAAAUCAAAUCAAAUUAAAUCGACGAUCGACAACAGGUGCAAAUUGGAUCGAAUUGAAAGUAUAUAAUUAGAACGCGGUUAAUCGGUGACUGGUGAAUAAGCUAGGUUAAGUAAUUGUGGCUUAUAUUAUUGUGAAUGUAUAAAUCUGUGUGUAAUUGCUGUUGUGCCACAUUUUAGUUUUAGUUGUUGGCUAAUUGCGCGAGUAAAAGAUACAAACCAAAAAGCGACAGCUCCAGCAACAGCAACAGCAACCGCAACAGCAGCAGCAGCAGCAACAACAACAACAAUAACAAUGACAUAAAAGCAGCGCUCAAAUUUCGCAUGCGCAAAGUUUGUCUAGUUUUUGCAUGUGUAUUAGUGUAUCACUAACUCACAACGUGUGUAUAUGUGUGUGUGUCUGUCUCAAUCUUUGCUCAAUCGCAAUCUUUGGGCACUGCCAAAACAGGUUAACUAAAAGCAAACGUGUUCUUUAGGUUUGUUGACUUUGCAAACGCAAAACGCAAAAAACACUCCAAAGUUAUUCACCAGCAACAACAAAAAUUCCGCACAAUAUUGUGCACAUACAUAUAUUGUUUACAUUUUGUGUUUGGUAGUGUGCAAAACUUAAACAACAGCAAGGAGAACAACAACUGGCAACUGCAACUUUAAGAACCGAGAGCUCAGCCAAAUAACAUGGACGCCGAAGCCGAUGGAGUGCCGCCAACGGCGCCAGUUGCAGCUGCAACAACAGCCAACAGCGAUCUAGACUUGGCCGCCCGUCGACGACUCUUCAUCUCACAGCCAUCGACACUGGCGUCGCGUCGCCAACAGGCGGUCUGUGUAAGGCGCGCCCAUAAGAUGUAUGGCGGCGGCAAGAAUCCAAAUAUCGUGCUGGAUGGCCUCAAUAUGACAGUGCCCAAGGGUUCCAUCUAUGGUCUCCUGGGCGCCUCGGGCUGUGGCAAGACAACGCUGCUCAGCUGCAUCGUUGGACGACGGCGUCUCAAUUCGGGCGAGAUUUGGGUGCUUGGCGGACGGCCGGGGUCGCGUGGUUCCGGUGUGCCCGGUCCGCGAAUUGGCUACAUGCCACAGGAGAUUGCGCUUUAUGGGGAGUUCACGAUGCGCGAAACUUUAAUCUACUUUGGCCUGAUUGCGGCCAUGCCGCGCAGCGACAUUGAGGAUCGCACCGAAUUCCUGCUCAAAUUGCUCAAUUUACCAAAUGGCUCGAAGUUCGUCAAGAAUUUGAGUGGCGGACAGCAGCGCAGGGUGAGCCUGGCAGUUGCCCUGCUCCAUGAGCCGGAGCUGCUCAUAUUGGAUGAGCCAACGGUGGGCGUGGAUCCGGUGCUGCGACAAAGCAUUUGGGAUCAUUUGGUGGAAAUAACGAAAAACGGUCACACAACUGUGAUAAUCACGACGCAUUACAUCGACGAAUGUGCCCAGGCUCAUAUGAUUGGUCUGCUGCGAGGCGGAAAAAUGCUGGCCGAGGAGUCACCCGACUAUCUGCGACAACAGUACAACGCCGACUCGCUGGAGGAUGUCUUCCUGAAGCUCUCCGUCAUGCAGAACAUGGGCAAGCGUCGACGCUCCUCGAUUGCCCAGGAGAUUGUCGAGCAGGUCACAGUACCGGCCAUAUCAAAUCCCGCGCUGGACAUGUCUGACGAACAGCAUGCCGCCGAAAUCUCUGGUGAAUUCGGUGAUAAUAUAUCCAUGUCCUCGGCCGCCCGUGAUCCGAUCAGUAGCACAGCACCGGCCGCACCACCGUUGCCGCCCGUACAGGAGAUACCCACAUCCUUCUGGUAUAAUCUACAUGUGAUGCAGUCGCAUCAUUUGCAUGCUCUCAUCUGGAAAAACUUUCUCUGGAUGAUGCGGAAUGUGGGAAUAAUGCUGUUCAUUGUGGGUCUGCCUGUGGUGCAAAUAUUACUGUUCUGUUAUGCGAUUGGACAUGAUCCGACUGGCCUCAAAUUGGCCGUUGCGAAUCACGAGAUGUCCGAGGAAAUGAUUAUGCAACAAUUCUGUCCAGUGAACGCCGGAUGCAAUCAGACCAUGCUCAGUUGCCGUUAUCUCGAUAUGCUGGUGAAGAACAAGAGCAUGGUUGUGAAUUAUGUUAAUGAUGAUGAAGCCGCCUACGAGGAGGUUCGCCGUGGACGCGCCUGGGCCGCUCUCGUCAUUCAGCCCAACUAUACCGAUGCUCUGGUACAACGAGUCGAGGAUGGUCGCUAUGCCGAUGAUGCCACCGUCGAAGCCUCCGAUUUGGGUGUACGCAUGGACUGGUCUAAUCAACAGAUAUCGACGCUGCUCUAUCGGGAUUUGCAGUACACAUUCUUCAGCUUCGUCGAGAACAUACUGACCGAGUGCGAGUUUAACCCAAAGCUGGGACGAGUGCCAGUGGACGUGGAACAGCCCAUUUAUGGCUAUAGGAAUCCAAACUUCACAGACUUUGCAGCACCCGGCGUCAUACUGACCAUCAUCUUCUUUCUGUCCGUGGCCAUUACGUCGGGAGCAAUGUUGAUUGAACGGAACGAGGGCAUGCUGGAGCGUUGCCUGGUUGCAGGGAUAACGGGGCCAGAGAUACUGCUCUCCCAGGUAGUCACCCAGUUCACGGUGAUGCUCAGCCAAACCGUAUUUGUGCUGAUUGUUAGCUUCUACUUCUUUGAACUGACACUGGUGGGUGACAUUUGGCUGGUCGUCGCACUCUGCAUACUCAACGGUCUUUGUGGCAUGAGCUUUGGCUUUGUCAUCUCCUGUGCCGUGGAUACAGAGCGAACGGCAACCUAUGUCGCCAUGGGCUCAUUCCUGCCCAUUGUGAUGCUGUGCGGCAUCAUUUGGCCCAUCGAGGGCAUGUAUCCGCUGCUGCAGUUUGUCACCGCCUUUCUGCCUCUGACCAAGCCAACGGAAUCGAUGCGCUCCAUCCUGCAACGCGGCUGGGGCAUGGAGAAUCCAACAGUCUACAAUGGUUUCAUAUCAAUAACGUCAUGGGUGCUCGUCUUUCUGGUGCUCACCAUACUCCUGCUCAAGUUCAAGAAGGGCUAGGUCCAUAGAACCAUACCCUUCCUAUUUGUAAUUCGAGUACCUAUGAUUUUACUAUGUUAUAAGGGUAGUCCUUAGUCCUUGCUUAAGUCUAGCGAGUGUAUGUCUCUCCCUCUCUCUUACUUUAUAAUAUCUUAGUCCAUGUAAUAUACAUACAUAAGGUUCCGGAUGUCACAUUCAUUCAAUAUUGUGCCUUUUAUGCCUAAGCUUUCAUAUCUGUAUCAAUUGCACAUUAACACUGGUCGACAUAAUUAAACAUAGGCAUGUACAAGUAUAUUGUGAAUAAAGAAAAACAAACAAUAAUAAUAUAAAAG